GGCCCGGGCGAGAGGAGAGUCGGCGGCCGGAGCCGUCACCCCGGGCUGGACCGAGCGCAGGCGACUAAGCGCGGCGGCCCGGCCGAGGGAGGGAGCGAGCGAGCGGGCGGGCGAGCCAGAGAGCGGACGGGAGACAGCCGCUGGCGCCUGAGGGGCCAAGCGAGAUUGUAAACCAUGGCUGUGUGGAUACAAGCCCAGCAGCUCCAAGGAGAUGCCCUUCAUCAGAUGCAAGCAUUGUAUGGUCAGCAUUUCCCCAUUGAGGUGCGGCAUUACUUAUCCCAGUGGAUUGAAAGCCAAGCUUGGGACUCAAUAGAUCUUGAUAAUCCACAGGAGAACAUUAAGGCCACCCAGCUCCUGGAGGGCCUGGUGCAGGAGCUGCAGAAGAAGGCAGAGCACCAAGUGGGGGAAGAUGGGUUCUUACUGAAGAUCAAGCUGGGGCACUACGCCACGCAGCUCCAGAACACGUAUGACCGCUGCCCCAUGGAGCUGGUCCGCUGCAUCCGCCAUAUUCUGUACAAUGAACAGAGGCUGGUCCGAGAAGCCAACAAUGGUAAUUCUCCGGCUGGAAGUCUCGCUGAUGCCAUGUCCCAGAAACACCUUCAGAUCAACCAGACAUUUGAGGAGCUGCGACUGGUCACGCAAGACACAGAGAAUGAGCUGAAGAAGCUGCAGCAGACUCAAGAGUACUUCAUCAUCCAAUAUCAAGAGAGCCUGAGGAUCCAGGCUCAGUUUUCCCAGCUGGCCCAGCUGAACCCCCAGGAGCGUCUGAGCCGGGAGACGGCCCUCCAGCAGAAGCAGGUGUCCCUGGAGGCCUGGCUGCAGCGCGAGGCCCAGACGCUGCAGCAGUACCGCGUGGAGCUGGCCGAGAAGCACCAGAAGACCCUGCAGCUGCUGCGGAAGCAGCAGACCAUCAUUCUGGAUGACGAGCUGAUCCAGUGGAAGCGGCGGCAGCAGCUGGCGGGGAACGGAGGGCCCCCCGAGGGCAGCCUGGACGUGCUGCAAUCCUGGUGUGAGAAGUUGGCGGAGAUCAUCUGGCAGAACCGGCAGCAGAUCCGCAGAGCUGAGCACCUCUGCCAGCAGCUGCCCAUCCCCGGCCCCGUGGAGGAGAUGCUGGCUGAGGUCAACGCCACCAUCACAGACAUCAUCUCAGCCCUGGUGACCAGCACGUUCAUCAUCGAGAAGCAGCCCCCUCAGGUCCUGAAGACCCAGACCAAGUUCGCAGCCACCGUGCGCCUGCUGGUGGGUGGGAAGCUGAACGUGCACAUGAACCCCCCCCAGGUGAAGGCCACCAUCAUCAGUGAGCAGCAGGCCAAGUCGCUGCUCAAGAACGAGAACACCCGCAAUGAUUACAGCGGGGAGAUCUUGAACAACUGCUGUGUGAUGGAGUAUCACCAGGCCACGGGCACCCUCAGCGCUCACUUCAGGAACAUGUCCCUGAAACGAAUUAAGAGGUCUGACCGUCGUGGAGCGGAGUCGGUGACAGAAGAAAAAUUUACAAUCCUGUUUGAAUCACAGUUCAGUGUUGGUGGAAAUGAGCUGGUUUUUCAAGUCAAGACCCUGUCCCUCCCGGUGGUGGUGAUUGUUCACGGCAGCCAGGACAACAAUGCGACGGCCACUGUUCUCUGGGAUAAUGCUUUUGCAGAGCCUGGCAGGGUGCCGUUUGCAGUGCCUGACAAAGUCCUGUGGCCGCAGCUGUGCGAGGCGCUCAACAUGAAAUUCAAGGCCGAAGUGCAGAGCAACCGGGGCCUGACCAAGGAGAACCUCGUGUUCCUGGCGCAGAAGCUGUUCAACAGCAGUAGCAGCCACCUCGAGGACUACAACGGCAUGUCCGUGUCCUGGUCCCAGUUCAACAGGGAGAAUUUACCAGGACGGAAUUACACUUUCUGGCAGUGGUUUGACGGUGUGAUGGAAGUGUUAAAAAAACAUCUCAAGCCUCAUUGGAAUGAUGGGGCUAUCUUGGGUUUCGUGAACAAGCAACAGGCCCACGACCUACUCAUUAGCAAGCCUGACGGGACCUUCCUGCUGAGGUUCAGUGACUCUGAAAUCGGUGGCAUCACCAUUGCUUGGAAGUUUGAUUCUCAGGAAAGAAUGUUUUGGAAUCUGAUGCCUUUUACCACCAGAGACUUCUCCAUCCGGUCCCUGGCUGACCGCUUGGGAGACCUGAGUUACCUUAUCUACGUGUUUCCUGACCGGCCAAAAGAUGAAGUGUACUCCAAAUAUUACACCCCAGUUCCCUGCGAGCCUGCCACUGCUAAAGCAGUGGACGGAUACGUGAAGCCACAGAUCAAGCAAGUGGUCCCUGAGUUUGUGAGCGCCUCUGCGGACUCUGCCGGGGGCAGCGCCACCUACAUGGACCAGGCCCCCUCCCCAGCCGUGUGCCCCCAGUCUCAUUAUAACAUGUACCCACAGAACCCUGACCCCGUCAUUGACAAUGAUGGGGACUUUGAUCUGGACGACACGAUGGACGUGGCACGGCGCGUGGAGGAGCUCUUAGGCCGACCUAUGGACAGUCAGUGGAUCCCCCAUGCACAGUCGUGACCCCCCGUGGCCACCUCCAGCUUCUUCAUCCUCGCCAGAGGAGUUACUUUUGUGGAUGUUUUAAUUCCAUGAAUCGCUUCUCUUUGGAAACAAUACUCAUAAUGUGAAGUGUUAAUACUA